ACCCGAAACGCCUUGCCGUUUCUCUCCCCAAAACCCCUUGUCCAUCUGCUGGAACCCCUCUUGCGUCGUUCACUCACGCCAUCGUCGUCUGCAGUUCUUUUUUUCACAGUGGGCGAAAAUGGUGCUCUCCAACAAGAAGCUGAAGCAGAAGCUAAAGGCGGCUUUAGCCGAAUCCCUAGCGAAAAACGAAUCGAACUCCGACCUUAAUCACGCAAAACCCACCAAUCCCGAUCAAGAUUCGCAGCCACAGUCUCUGAAACAGCUCCUGGGCUCGGCUAUUCGGAGACCCAGAUUGUCCAAGCGAGAGAAACGCAGGAAAUCUCGGUCUUUGGGAGGUGGGGUCGAUAGUGGCGAGAAAGAAGAUGAGGGUGUUGAAGAGAGGAGGGAGAAGAGCUCAUUAUUUGAGGAAGUGGGCAAUGGUGGCGAUGAGAGGAAGGAGGAGAAGAGAAAAAAGAAGAGGAAGAAAGAUUGGGGGACUGAGAAUGGAAGCUUAAGUGCUGAGCAGGGUGGUGCUGGCGUGAGCGUGAAAGAGGCGAAGAAGAAGAAGAAGGAAAAGAAGAGAGAUGAGGGGACUGAGAAUGGAAGCUUGGGUGCUGAGAAGGGUGGUGGUGAAUUGCCUGUGAAAGAGGCCAAGAAGAAGAUGGAAAAGAAGAUAGAUGAGUGGACUGACAAUGGAAGCUUGGGUGCUGAGGAGGGUGGUGGUGAUGUAAGUGUGAAAGAGGCCAAGAAGAAGAAGAAGGAAAAGAAGAGAGAUGAGGGGACUGAGAAUGGAAGCUUGGGUGCUGAGGAGGGUGGUGAUGUGAGUGUUGAAGAGGUGAAGAAGAAGAAGGAAAAGAAGAAGAAGAAGAAGAAGAAGAAGAGUAAAGGGGCUAAGAAGAAGGAGAAGGGUGAGGACAAGAUUGAAGAGGACAAGGCUGUGGUUGAACAUGUCAGGGCAGAGGCCAAUAGUCAAGAGAGUGGAGAUGUUGCUCGGAAAGUUUAUGUUGGAGGUAUCCCCUACUACUCCUCAGAAGAUGAUAUAAGAAGCUACUUUGAAAGUUGUGGCACCAUAACAGAAAUUGAUUGUAUGACUUUUCCUGAGAGUGGGAAGUUUAGAGGAAUCGCUAUUAUUGGUUUCAAGACAGAGGCUGCAGCUAAGCGAGCUUUGGCACUUGAUGGUUCCGACAUGGGAGGACUCUUUCUCAAAAUCCAGCCCUACAAGGCAAAUCGAGCCACUAAAACAUCCGAGUUCACCCCACCGAUUGUCGAAGGCUACAACAGGAUCUACAUUGGGAAUUUGUCAUGGGAUAUAACGGAGGACGACGUGAGGAAAUUCUUCUCAGAUUGCAGCAUAUCGUCCAUUCGUUUCGGUAUGGACAAGGAAACGGGAGAGUUCCGGGGCUACGCCCAUGUGGAUUUUUCCGACAGCCUUUCAAUGGCGAUGGCCAUUAAGUUGAAUCAGCAGGUUUUGUGUGGUAGGCCUGUUAAAAUAAUGAGUGCAAUCCCUAAGGAAGGUGUCAAAAGCAGUGCAAGAACCGUGGCUGCAAAUACCAUGGUUGAUAACACUAGUACCAUAGUUGAUAACACUGCUGCUGAAUCGACCGUCAGCAGUGGCAAGAUGAAGAGAAGAACCUGCUAUUUAUGUGGCGAGAAGGGCCACAUUUCUUCUGCUUGUUCUAAGAAGCCAGCUGAUGCUUCGACAAAUCCAGAUGCAACUUAAUGAGCUUCCGAUCAAGAGGUUACAAAAUCUUUGCUCACUUGUUCUUUAGUCUCCUUUAGAUACUAGAAACAGUUCAUCCUCCGAGACAGCCGUUUGAAAUGGUCUGUGAACUGCCGUGUGGAAAUUGACUGCUAAGAGGAAUGCUGUCGUGCAUGUGCAUGUCAAGUUGGUGUUUCGGGUCAAGCAAGUAGUGUAAACUUAGACCUGAUGGAGAUAGUAUCAUAUCUUUUUCUCUAUUCUGGUGAUAUGUCUCAGUGGAUAAGGAGCUAUAUUGGAUAGACUAUGUGAUGCUGUUUCAUUGAGACAUUCUGGCCUCCGACGAACAUGAUGUUUUGGUUUUGGCCAGUGGUCUGGAAGCUACUGCUGCGAUGUGGUGCUUGGAGAAAUAUGUUCAACUUCUGUCUUCCUUCACCGUGUAAUGAAGUUUUGGCCUUUUUCCAUCUUGACACUAACAUUGUAACGUCACUGGCUCAUAGAAAGAUUUUCAACUACUUCCUGGUGGGGACAGUAAAUUCCAUCUCUCUUGCAAUGAAUCCCAGUAAAAGAAAAAAUUUCGGGGUAGGUCAAAAACAUUGAAAUCUGACCCAAGGACGAAGUCGCAUCGCCAAAACUUGAAGUAUUUGAUGAAGUAGGAGGUAAGGGUAGGCCAAACAUUUGUACGAUGUGAACUUGAUGUGAUCACUUGGAAGCAAGCAAGAACUCCACUCCAAAAAUCUGGUUGGACAUAAUUGGUCAUCUUAAAUUUGUCUUUGCUUGCAAAAUAAACAUUCACGACAUAAUUUGUUAUCUUAAA